ACAUCGCAGCCAAUGGUCUUUGCAGCGGGAGAAAAGUUUGAAUGAAACCCGCUUCCCAUUGGCCCCAGAGAGGAAAAACAUUGUGGCCUCGCCCCCCGUGACGUCACAUUUGGGAGGAGGCGUUGUUUGCAAAGCCUUGGAAAGAAUGUCAAGUACUCCAGUUGCUGUAGUGACCGGAUCCAACAAAGGCAUUGGGCUGGCCAUAGUGCGGGCUCUGUGCAAGCAGUUCUCUGGGGAUGUGUACCUGACGUCCCGGGACAUCGGACGGGGCAAGGCCGCAGUGGCAAAGCUGCAGGGAGAGGGACUGAAGCCGCUCUUCCAUCAGCUGAACAUCACCGAUCUCCAAAGUAUCCGAACCCUCCGUGACUUCCUGAAGGAGAAAUACGGGGGACUGAAUGUGCUAAUCAACAAUGCAGGGAUUGCCUUCAAAGGUGCAGACACGACUCCAUUUGCUACACAAGCAGAAGUCACUCUGAGAACAAAUUUUUUUGCCACCAGGGAUGUUUGCACAGAGCUGUUACCUCUGCUGAAACCUAAUGCCAGAGUGGUGAAUGUGUCUAGCAUGUGUGGUGCUUCAGCAUUGGCCAACUGCAGCCAAGAUCUGCAGAAGAAGUUUCGGAGUGACACCAUCACUGAAGAAGAGCUAGUGAAACUCAUGGAAAAGUUUGUAGAAGACACCAAGAAGGGAGUGCAUGAGAAGGAGGGCUGGUCAAAUCAUGCUUAUGGUGUGUCCAAAACUGGAGUGACAGUUUUGUCCAGAAUUCAAGCAAGGGUGCUGAAUGAGACACGGAAAGGCGAUGGUAUCCUGCUGAACGCCUGCUGCCCUGGAUGGGUCAGGACCGACAUGGCUGGUCCCAGAGCCACCAAAUCGCCAGAUGAAGGAGCCGAGACUCCAGUUUAUUUGGCCCUUUUGCCUCCUGGUGCUGAUGGCCCUCAUGGCCAAUAUGUCAGUGAAAAGACAGUACAGAAAUGGUAACUGUUCCCUCACAUUUCUGGAGGUACACACUGGAGAUUGGAAACAUUUGGCUUGAUCUAACAAUAGCAAUCCAGACAGAAGUGCCUGUAUGUCCUGUCAUGUUUUGUUCCAUGUAGCUAGAAAUGCUGGCCUUUAAGAUGCUUUCCCUUCCCUAGUUUUGGGCACCUAACUCGGUUCUUUGUUAUUACUAUGAUUUUGUAAAAUCAUUCACUCCUGGAAGACAUAUGCAAUGUGUCUGCAUGGCUUUUUCAUGUUUUUUUUCAGUGGUUGCUUUCUAUUGACUGGUAAAGGCGUUCUGUUUCAACAAGCAUUAGAAGGAUUUAUGUUUGGACACAUCUGUUUUCUGGAAUGCAAGCAUUAAGCUACUGCAGUUGUACAGCAAAAUCAGCACCCUUUGAAGCAGUAAAUAAAACAAUUAUUAACCAAUCAAACCAAGCUUGCUUUGGGGCAAAGGUUAGCACACAGUCUCUGAAGAUGCACAUUUCAUUUUAUAGCAAUUCACUUUCAAGGGAAGAAGAAUAGGAUUAUGCAUUGUAGUAAAUUGCAUUUGCUUUUUUUUAAGGCAGAAGAGAUACACCUUGAAGGAAGAGUCUCCCAAAAUCUGUACACAUGAAAUUUGAGCUGAUAUUUCUGAAUACAACUCUUUUUGAUCAGUAUUAAAAACUUUCACCAAAAA